UUAGAGCCUGUGAGUGACCGGAAACAGGAAGUAUGAUCCGGAGUGCUGUAGGUGGGACUAGAAGCUUCGUGCAGAAAUCGUUCCCUUCCUUGAUGCGCGACUUUAAAAUGUCGGAGCAACGCGGGACUUGCUGAAUACGUGGUGAUGGCUUACUGUUGACAUGACCAGAGGCGGUAACAAGAAUUUUCUGCUUGUACAAGGUAAUUCUGAAGAGAAUUCCUCUUAGCAACACUCUAUUCUAUUUAAAAAGGACUCAAGUAGCAGAGGACACAGAGUUGCAAGAUUUGCAUACAAAGAACAACAGUUAUAUAAACACUGUAAGUCAGACAUGUCAAACUCAAGGCCCAGAUCCAGCCCGUGAUCUAGCCUACAAGCAAACUAGUAGGAGUGAUUGAAUAGUUACCUCCUCACUUCUUCAGGUGUCUUGUCAGUGGCAGCAGCACUAACAGAGGACAGGCAGUGGAAACCUCCAACACGUGGAGCUGUGCAGCAGCAGUAAUCACAGGUGGGCCUGGCUAAAGCGCCCUCUGUUUGAAAGCGAGUGGCUGGCGAGGGAAGGAAAGAAAAGGGACGGAAGGCGCUUGGAUCGUGUGUUUCUUCAGUUCUUACCCCUCCCUGCCUCACCGCCUCCUCUUCUUCCUUCAAAUUGCUGCUGCCCCUCUGGGCGAGAGAUCUGCGGCUUGGUCUCUCUACUGCUCAGACUUUCUGGUCUCAGGUUAUUGGGACCUUAAGAGUGCCGUGAAGAGUGCUACCCUCUUAUACCCGAGAAGAUCCGGACUCACAGCAUCCUAUUGAGGCUCCAGAGUGGAUACCUAGAGCGCUCACAACUGCUCGCCUCACGCAGCACCUGGGACUUUGAGCUUUCUGUGCAGUCUCAUACUCCAUAUAUACAACAUCUGCAGUGAAGAAGACCUGCGUGCCUAUACUGAUAUUUAAACCCCCCAAAAUGGCCAAACGGAAAGUGGACUUUGAAAACAGGUGCUUUCAAAAGAGGUGGGAAGCAGAGUACCUGUUUGUCAACGUUGAAAAUAAGGCCAUGUGCCUUGUUUGCGGAGGUAAUGUGGCUGUACUUAAAGAAUAUAACAUGAGACGCCACUAUGAGACGAAACAUCGGGACAGUUAUAAAAACCUGAACAUACAGCAAAAGCUAAAGGUGGUGGAAGAGUUUAAAGUGAGACUGAUGUCACAGCAGCAUAUGUUCAGAAAAGCACAAAAUGAAGCUGCUGUGAAAGCUAGUUUUAUAGUGGCAGAAGAGAUAGCUAAAUCAGCCCGGCCAUUUACAGAGGGGGAGUUUUUGAAGCACUGCAUGAUUAAAGUGUGCGAAGUCUUGUGUCCAGACCAAAAGCAAGCAUUUUUGAAUGUAAGCCUAAGCAGAAAUACUGUUGCUGAUCGGAUAUGUGAGCUUGCCACUGAUUUACAAGUACAGUUGAUUGAAAAGGGAAAAGGUUUCAUUGCGUAUUCCCUUGCUGUGGUUGAGAACACUGACAUCACUGGCACGGCACAGCUGGCAAUCUUCAUCCGUGGAGUGGACUCAAGGUUAUGCGUUACAGAAGAACUUUUGGAUAUUAAAUCAAUGCAUGGCACUAGCACAGGAAAAGACAUAUUUGAAGCAGUAUCUAAAUGUGUAAAUGACAUGAAACUGCCCUGGGACAAACUUAUAGGACUGGCAACAGAUGGAGCACCUUCAAUGUGUGGGGAAAAGAGUGGAUUAGUGGGAAGGAUGCGAGAGAAGAUGAAGAGCGAGAAUUGCACAGGUGAGCUGACAGCUUAUCACUGCAUCAUACACCUGGAAACACUAUGCAGCAAAACCCUGAAGAUGGAACAUGUAAUGAGCACUGUAACACAGACAGUUAACUUUAUAAGAUCCAAAGGCUUAAAUCACUAUCAAUUCAAAUCUUUUUUGGAAGAAAUACAUUCUGAACUCGGUGAUCUUCCGUAUCACACAGAGAUGCAGUGGCUAAAUCAAGAAAAAAUGCUCAAUAGAUUUUUUGAGUUGCGUAAGGAAAUCUGUCAGUUCAUGGAAAGUAAAGGAAAAGGCUGCACAGCACUGUGGGAUGAAAAGUGGCUAUGCGAGUUAGCUUUUCUGUGCGACAUAACUAAGCAUCUCACUGCACUAAACCUUCAGCUUCAGGGACGGGACCGUGUGAUCAUGGACAUGUAUGGUGCAGUGAAAGCCUUUCAAUUUAAGCUGCGACUGUGGGAGACUCAAAUGCAGCAUGGAAACCUGAGUCACUUUCCCUGUUGCCAAACAAUCACAAACCAGGUCUCCAGCGCUGUGUUCUUAGAUGCUCAUUUUGCUAAUAAGCUGAAUGCACUUCAAAUGGAGUUUGCACGUCGCUUUGUUGACUUUGAAGAACAGAAAUUCAAUUUUGGAUUGCUCAGUAAUCCAUUUGCAGUUGAAGUGGCAAAAGCACCCAUAAAUAUCCAGAUGGAGCUGAUAGAACUCCAGUGUAGCAGCACAUUUAAGGCAAAGUAUGAUUCUGUAGGGCCCGCACAGUUCACCACGUUCAUUCCUGAAACGAUGCCCCAACUUCAUCUACAAGCUGCUCGAAUGCUCUGCAUGUUUGGGAGUACAUACCUGUGUGAGCAACUUUUCUCUGUGAUGAAGGUGAACAAAAGCGUACACAGAAGUCUUCUCACUGAUGCACAGCUCCACUCUAUCCUGAGAGUUUCCACAGCUCAGAAUUUAACCUCAAAUCUGAAUGAACUUGCAGGCAAGACAAGAUGCCAAACAUCUGGCUCAAAUGACCCAGGAUUUAACAAUUCACACAUCCCUUUGAGUUCCUAAAGUGGUAUGUUGGAUUUGGAUUUGUAAUCUUGUUUAUGUUUAUUUACCAAACUUAUUUUUCAUUUAAUCAAAGAGAAGCUUAUCUUCUUGUUCCAGAAGAAUUAGAAGAACCCAAACCCUGGGAUGAUCUAGGCUUGUUCUUCCCGUAGAGUUUGUUAAAGUAAAAACUGGUUGAAGCAACAUAAAAGCAUUUGUAAUAAAAUGUCAAUAUUUAUCAUGAUGUCUAAAUACAAUCUCUGUUAAGCAGUUUCUUGUACGUCUAUUUUGAGGAAUGUAUCAUUUGACUUACAUGGCUUGCAGCUGUGAUUCUAGGUGGCUAAAACAACACACAAAACAAUUAUCAAGAAAAUAUGGAGAACCUACAAUGGUUGCUAAAAACCCAAUAAACUCUGAACAA